AUGGACCGCCCGGAGCCUGGGCUCAUCAAAUGGUCGCAAAUCCCCGGCUACGACAGCUUCAUCCACAUCAACCUACAGCACCGCGUCGUCCAGCUGUACGAGCCCAACGGCCUUGCACAGCGGAGCAAGUUCGACUAUGAACGGCUAUCAAAGCACGAUGACUUCCCGACCUUGACCACGUAUGACUGGUCCCCCACGGUUCCAGGCCUGCUGGCUGUGGGAACUCAGACGGGUGUGGUCAACCUGCUGAGGAUGGACGACAACUCCAACGCCUACAUCGAGUUGGGCCUUAAAAUGACAAGAACGUGUCAGGCGGUUGCGUUUAAUACCGAGGGUUUGCUUGCGGUCGGUUUGGAUCGUGUGCGUAUGGAUCAGUGCCUACACAUAUGGGACGUCAACCGCCUGUCGUCGAUGGACAAGUCUGCCAAGGGAUUCUCCAAGGAUAUGCACUCUUUUACGGAUCCUGCGUACAGGUUGGAGCCUAGUGUAUCUGUGUCGAGUGUCAAGUUCUUUGAGGACAACCCAAAGACAUUGGUUGUUGGAAUAAAGGCUCAAGGAUUACGCAUCCACGAUCUGCGAGAACCGAACAUUGGUGUCGUCACGUUUCAGACCAAAUGCAAUAACAAUUUGGCAAUAGACUACGCUGAUCAAAACUACUUUGCUUCGUCAGCGCUUGACCAGCCGGGCAUCAUGAUCUGGGACCGUCGAGCAACAUCCCGCCCGGUUGCUUCUCACUCGUAUCUUGGCGCAGUGGAUGAGGACGAGCUUCCAUGGGGUGGUGCACUCAGGCUUGACAGGGUCGUCGACUCUGACGAUGACCCGUCACUGAGCGAAAGCAAGCACUCGAUCGUCCGCUCUUUGCGCUACUGUAGAGACCACCGCGGUCUUUUGGCUGUGCUGUCUCGCACUGGGCAGUUGAAGGUUUUGAAGACAAACAAGGAGCUAACACCUCCCGACAUGUCUCUCGAGGGCAGCCCGGAGCUUUUAGAGGUUCACAAGUCUUAUGAUAUGGAUGUCCAGUAUGGUGAUAGCGGGAAGAAGAACGACCGGAUCGUCUCGUUCGAUUGGGUCACUCUGGACUCAGCUGUACUACAACCUCGAUUGGUUGUCUUGCGCGCCAACGGAACGUUUGAGAUUCUUGAGCAACCGUCGUAUACGUCCGAUUACUUGUAUAAGCUGACGCCAUGGCAGCCGCCUCAUCGCGGCCUCGAAGAGAGCGGCCCGUACCAUAACAUCAUGGAGUUUGAGCCAUCACAAUCCUCCGACAUGCUAGGUCCGUUAUUCGUCGAAGAGGCCCUCUCAGAUAUAGCUAUUUUUGGACCAGAUAAAGUCGACGUCCAGACUAUUGUCGACAAGACGUUACAGGCCAGAUUUUCUGCGGCAGACCUCAACAGUAGGUUGAUAGGAAACAACGAACGGUCCCCGUCUGCUCUUGAUAAGUCCAAGACUGUGGCUGAAAGAAUGCGCGCGUUGCGUUCUGAUUUGAAGGAGAAGGCGAAAGAGUUGGAAACAAACGGUGCGGAGUGCUCGAAUCUGGAAGAGUCGAUAAGCUCCCUGGCUCAGCUGUCUCUCCAUUACGACGGGCCUGUGUCUUGCCGCCACAUGCAUGAGUCGCUACUUUCUCUGACCCUCAAAGCCCAAAACCUAUCUACCGAGUCGCAGUGUCUGCUAGACCAUGCCAUGCUUUUGCGCGCAAAGGAAAAGUACUUAUUUGACUGCAAUGUCAAUCGGGCAGUGGUUGCCGAUGACCCCUGGCUGCGAUACAUGUGGGAUUGGAUUGCAGACGCGGAGGACGCUGCCCAGGACGGGGGCAUGAAGUUAUCCCCUUUGGACUUGAGUUACAUGGGUGUCUGUACAAUUUGGUGUAAUGAUCUAGGCCAGAAGCCAUCAUCGAGAUUACCUGAGGCAUCGCCGAUGCCCGAGACAACGCUUUGGGAGAAGACGAUUGGAAGCAUCUGCAAGAGACGUAAACUGCCAAAAUACGAGGGUACUCAGACCAAGAAGCCAUUUCACAGGCAGUUAUGCUUGGAUAUUUGCGGAUGGGGAGAUAAUGCAGCACACGAGGCAAGGGGGGCUACACACGACCCAGGCGAGGACUAUCCAACAACGGCUCACACUAUGGCGGCGGCUCGAGCUCUCUUCAAAGGGGAAACCCAGGAGGCGAUCCGAAUAUUGAAGACGGCGAGCGUGACGCACCCAGAGCUUCUCUUCGUGUCGCUCGCGCUGCAGCUCAUCGGCAGGAGCAACAACAAGCUCAGCAAGGAACAGCUGGACUUUGACGAAGCCGUUGCGUCAAAGACGGAUCCGUACCUCAGGGCAAUUUCGUCGCUGAUUGCUACAGGGGACUGGUUUGCCAUUGCGAACCAGAAGUCGCUGCCUCUGUCGGACCGCGCAUACGUGGCCGUCAGGAACUUUGACGACGAACAACUCACCAAAUGGCUGCAUGAACAAGUUUCGAUGGCAGUGGAUACCGGAGACGUCGAAGGGAUCGUUCUCACGGGUAUCACGGACAGGCUGGUGGAUAUCUUCGCCAAGUACGUCCAGAAGUUCAACGACUUCCAGACGGCCACGCUGGUCAUGUCAAUAUGCGCGCCGCGAUACAUUGACGACUACCGCUGCCUGGCGUGGCGCAAUGCAUACAGAGCAUACCUCCAGCGUCACAAGGCAUUCCUGCAACGAACCAAAUUCGAGGUUGAAAGCACAAAGAAGAGCAAACGUGGGGGACGCCCGACCAUCAAGCCGCCGUCACGGCAGAUUGCGCUUCGGUGCGUCUACUGUGACGCGGAGACGACUCUCGCAGGGCAAGGGGGGCCUGGCGCGGGACCACCUCCCGGAGCACCCGACUCGCGGAACCCGCUCAUGGCGACGAGCAUCAAUGCGGGAAUCAGCUGUCCCAACUGCGGGCGUCACCUCCCGCGAUGCGUCGUGUGCAUGGAGGUGGUUGGUGUUCCGAGAUCUGACCGGCCGGAGCUCAACGGCGAGCCGGAGAGUUGGAUGGCGGCCAACUUCCCGACGUUCUGCCUCAAGUGCGAGCAUGUGCUUCACCUAGACCACGCCAGACAAUGGUUCACGAGACACGUCGAAUGCCCCGUGCCCGAGUGUCGCUGCCGAUGCAACUUUCGAGCCAACCCGGAGCUUUCGUAUCAUUAA